GGCACCAGUGAGACCAGACAUGCACUGUCUCCACAUUUCACUUGAGAUUACAGGAGUUGUCUUUGAAGAAAGAAUGUCUCCGUUUUUCCCUGGCUCUUUACAGCUUUUUACAGGCUUUCCCUGUAAAGCCUUCAGGGAAAGCACCAGAGCUGGCUCUGCAACAUGGGACUCACAACCAUCAGAGAAGAUGUUUCUCAUGAUCCGCCGCCACAAGACCACCAUCUUCACGGAAGCCAAGGAGACGAGUACCGUGUUCCAGCUAAAGCGUGUUGUCCAAGGCAUCCUCCAGCGGCCUCCAGAAGAGCAGCGGCUGUACAAAGAUGACCAGCUCCUUGAUGACAGAAAAACUCUGGGCGAAUGUGGCUUCACUAGCCAGACAGCAUGGAUACAUGCCCCAGCCACAGUGGGCCUGGCCUUCGGUGCAGAGAAUGCCUUUGAAGCCCUGCACAUUGAGCCCUUCUCCAUCCCUCUGGAGCUUCCAGAUGUGAUGAAGCCAUAG